AUGCUCCCACCUUCAUACUUAGAUUCUCAAAGGCUACAAACCGCCUCGUCUACGGAUUUACCCCCGUACGUUCAAGACAAAACACCAGGUUACUCGCCAUCGCUAGCAUUCCAUGGCGUUGCAUUGCUCAAAAAAGAGUUCGACACGCCUUGGUCGAGUUCGUCCGGGCCACUCCGAGCCGUUUGCCUCGAGUUGAACUCAAAUCAGCUCAACAUUUACGACCUCAAGGAUAAAAACUUGGCUGGUAUGGUGGAGGCGCUUUUCCAGUUCCAGAACUACGACAACAGAACUGCCAAGCCCGCCUCGCAGAGAUCCCCGUCAGACUACCUCUUUGACGGCGACGCGUAUGGUGACGAUGCCAUGGACAACGGCCCUACCGUUUUCGGCAAGCUCAAGAAGAAGUUGUCAACCCACAAGGCCGAGAAGAAGCUCGCCCAGUUGCAGUCAUACCCCCAGUUCUCCAAUAACGGCGUGCUCUUAGAGCCCACCGACGACUGCGAAGCAGCUGCCCGCUUCUUCAAGGCCAAUAAAGGCGACAUCUUGCAUAGCUUCACUUUGCUGAACCUCCAGCUCGGUGAAGCACCUUCCACCAACUCCAUUAACUACAAAGAGGAUCUGACGUCACCUACGAGCUCCGUGGCUCUCCUCAAAUACCGGAACACUCUUCGGCUCCGUAUUGAGUACUGCCAGCUUCUCCUACACUUUUGGUCCUUCCACGGAAUGAUUCAUUGGUAUAGGAACUUGUGCAUCGGACGUGAUCUCUCGACUUCGCUUGACGCACGUUCUUUGACCCGUCUUAAGAGUAUUCCUCGUGAUUAUUCUGCUUCCAACAUCGCUCUUUUGAGUGCUGCUGCUCGUGAGGCUCUCAGUCCGUUUGGAUCCGAGUCAAAACGUCAGAGCUCCUACUCGAGCUCCAUUCGCUCUUCGGAUUCAGAAGAGGACAGCAUAAUGAGCAGGUGCUCUCACGACACGGCUUGCACGAGCGUGGCUGAUUGCAUGAGGAGUAAAGUUGAAGUUAACGGCAUGAAAGUGACAUGCUUCGAAGAUCUCUAUACGCCUGUGGAGAAGCAGUACAUUUCCAACUGCAUUCCAGUGCUCAACUCCUACGACAAAUGGGUGGGUUCCAAGGUCACCGUGCUGAACUUUGAGCACAUGCUUCCCAAAAAUGACGCCAACAACGUCAACGAAAACGGGCGUGUCUUCAUUCUGCCCAUGUCCUUCUGUCUGUCUGUGAAGGCGUACCAAAAGCAGUUUCCAGGCCUCUCGAAGUCCAAGAAGGAGUGUAAAGACUACUACGUCGAUGAUAAGGGGUUGGUGAGCAUCGACUGUGCAUGA